CUGACACACAAUUUCCAUUUUUAUCAGGCGCUUUUAUACGAGCUUAUCUACCUAUUUGAGUCAUUCAUUUUUUCAAUUAACCAAACAAUUCAGUUGAAUAAUGCCAGCGGCAUCAUGAACAAUAAUAAAGCGUUUACGUGCUACUUUUGCAAUCGCCUCAUCGAAAAUGAAACAGAAAUGGGACAUACAACUUUAUGCUCUAAGGUCCUGAUUCCUUGCCCUUACAAAUGCGGAGCUUACGUCGAAAGGGCCAACUUGGUAAGGCACAAAAACGAAUGCACUAAUAAUAACUCCAAUAAUUGCAAAUCUCUUGAUCGUAGAAUGCCACCAACUAGAAGCGAUUUAGUCAACCUUUCAAGGCGUUUUCAGGAGCUUGAAGUUAAAAAAGAAGAUUCCUUGGAAGAUAUUAAAAAAAGUUUAAAGGAGCAUGCAUUGUCGAUACAAAAAUUCAAUAAUUUUAAUGGAUAUUUGGCCGAAUGGAAAAAAAAGGUGGAUGCACAGCUUAAAACCCUCGUGACAUCUGAAACAAAUGGCAAUCAAUUUAUUUAUAUCCAAGAGAAACUCUUGCAACUCCAAAAUCUACACUUGGAGUUGAGUAAGCUCAAAGAAAAUACCUAUAAAGACAGCAAUUAUUUUAAAAACACUCAAACGGAUUUUGCCAGGAAUUUAGAAGAAAUACGAGGCACUUUUAACAAGCAAAAUGCGGCUUUUGAGGGUAUGUGGAGGGAGCAAACUGGGCUCACUCAAAAAGCUAUUGAAGAUGUUCGUACAAUUAAAGAGAGCCUCGAUGAGCAAAAGGCAAAAUAUGCUGGUUUGAUCUUCGAUUUGCGCUCAGUAAGUCAAAUUUCCUCGGAGGCGGCGGAAAAAAUCGAAAUACUCGAAAGGGAAUUCAACUUGAUGAAACAAGACGUCAACCAAUUGAAAAUAAACAUGGAAAUAUUGGAAGAUUUAGCUUGCAACGACAAUACCCCGUAUCAAAGACUCAUAUGGAAAAUAACCGACGUUGAGUCAAAAUUAAAACGUACCAGAGAAAACGAUAUUGUAUUGAAAAGUCCCAUUUUCUACACGCAUAGAUUUGGAUAUAAAAUACGAAUUUUACUAUACAUAAACGGCCUCAAAAAAUGGAAAAACAGAUACGCUUUGGCUUGUAUUCAUGUACUCAAAGGAGAAUAUGACGCCCUUUUAACUUGGCCUUGUACAAUUGAAGGCACAAUAACUUUAAGGGAUUUAGUAGAUAAAACACAGGCAAAAUGUUUUUCAAAAUUCAUCAAAACCAAAAGAAGCUGCGGAGAAGAAGAGGAAGACGAGCCACAAGAAUCUUCAUUUACGUAUAUUUUUAUACCACACACAGUUUUGUUUAAAAGUAAUUUUUUGAAAGACGAUACAUGCUUUUUAGAUGUGUGCAUCAACGUGAACGCAUUAAUAUGGCUGCUACGUGGGUGGUUUUAUCUGUACUAGUGACGUUGGUUUGUUGCAAACAUUUUUAUACAAGGAGAAUGGUGCAAAAAAUGGCCAGUGAAUUUUUCUGCGGGGAGCCUCAGCCUAGAGCUUACAAAGUUUCGGAAUUUACUAGUGAAGCUUUAGAGUUUAAUCAGCCCUUUGUAGUGCUGAAACGAUGCGAAAGGGCCGGAUGUUGCACUAAAACUAGGCCAAAAUGCGUUGCAAUUGCUAAAGAAAAUGUUACUUUUAGCAUUGGCUACAUUGAUUAUGAUGGAGAAUCUAAAGAAUUUAGGUUGAAUGAUGAAAAUCAUCUGAAAUGCGAGUGUCAGAAGGAGAGUUUUUCGAUAAAGUAAGCUAGAUUUUGAUGUUCAAGAAUUUACAUACCAAUAAUACAAAUGAGUAGUCACAAUAAUUUAAGAUCCAAGUUCUAUAUUAGGUAUAUCUUCAACUUAAUUUAUUUUUCCUAUAAUGCUUUUGCUUUUGUUAUAGUUUUACACUUUUAUUUACUUCUAUAUUGUAGAAACAUACUGUGAUAUAAUUUAUAUUUUUAGUUUACAGGCUCUGUGUUUUAUUUAAAUUACUUCAAUUUCAUAUUUCUGUUCACUAUACAGUGUGUCCCAUUUUUCAUGAAUACACCCCAAUAUCUUAGUUUUUAAUAAUGCGAUUUUAUUCAAAUUUUGGUGGUGAUUGCAUGUUAGAAAAAUGAACUAGGUAUUUGACAUAGUCAACAUUUUUAUUUACCAUUGGCGUGCGGUAUUGGGGGUAGAAAGGGAUUGUAUUUUUGGGAAACAGAUAUUAGGGUUUAUUUAAGAUAAUUUUUUGUAUCAGAUUAAAAUUUAGCAUCUCCAAAAACCCCUUAAUUCGUAUGUAUUUUCAAAAUCUGCUGCUGGUAGCUGGUUUGGUGUAUACUAAUCAAGAGAAAGCAAGUGCUUUUGCUGACUCACUCCAAUCACAAUUUUCACUCAAUGAAGGCUUUGAUGAUGAUAUUGUAUAACGUACUUAUUUUGGCAAUUGCCUAAUUAUACUGCAUACGGCUAGUCAGCAUCAGUUCGGCGGCCAUUGGUCUAUGGGUUCCUUGUAUACAUCUUACCUUUAGGCGCCACCAAGUUAAUUGUGACUUAACUAGGAAGAUUACUUAUUGAUGUUAUAACAAAACUUGCACAAUUGGAGCGCUUAACAAUAAAACAACUAAUUAGGUACAAUAAUGUAUCUGGCUUUCUUUAUUAAAAAAUAAUAACAAUAAUAAUAAAGCGCCAAAAAGUGUAGCCACCAAGUAAUUAGGACUUAACUAUUGCGCCAAAAAGUAGCCACGAAGUUAUUAAAAAGGUGUUUAGGAUUAGGCUUGUACCUAAUUUGUGAAUAUCUGAAUAAAUAAAAAAAAUGUAAAUAAUGAAUAUAUGAAUUUAAAAUAAACAGUUUUAACUGUUUAUUAACACUUGUGAAAGAUUAAAAGAACAGUAUGGGUUACACUUUACCAACAGGCAAAUUAAACACAGAAAGGUGAAAGUUAUUCUUUGGGCAACCUCAGGGUAAAAUUCUAGAAUUUUAUUUAAGGGGCACUUACCGACGUAAUUCGGUGUCAGAUGAUUUAUAUAAGAUUUGCCUAAAUAGUAAAGGUGCAACUUACAUGUAUAUAAGUGAAAUGUAUGUGAAAAUCCAGAAGUUUCCAAAGUGAGGUUAUCUACAGGUUUGGUCUCACUAUUAGAUAGACUAUGGUAUGGUAAGUGAGUCAUGAGUCCUAUCCACGUAGUAACUGUAACGUAGAACUCAAUGUGGUUCUAGCAGAGCGGUACCAAGAGAGUUGCUGGAGAAAGGCUACGAAAGCCAACUAAGAGCAAUCUAGAUCUAGUCUAGAAUCUCUUCCUAGGAGCUGUCCAACUAUAGCCUAAGACUGUUUAGC